UAAUUGGGGAUGCGUCUUGAGCUUUUGCGGCACGUAUUCAGGGUCUCCUGCCUGCGGGAGUGAUUUGGUGGAACAGUUCGUUACUUGCAAACGUUAAGAUGUACGAUUUAGAAGGGACUGUUUUGAUUGCGGUAUGGAGGAUGGAUUCAAACUGGUAAGGUUGAAGGCGGGGAGACGAACUAAAAGGCAGUUUCAGUAAUUUAGUCCUAAGAAGAGGACCUGAAAUAGUGUAGUGGUAGAAAAGCGGGUCAAAUCCACCUAUGUUAACAGAACAAAAUCAACGGCUUUUCGCGAUGGUUUGAAUGGGAAAGAGUACGGAAUGACGGAAAAGGAAGAACAACUUCCAGGUUUUUAGCGUUGGUGAAUAUCGUGGUUAGGAUGUGGAAGCAGCAGGUUUAAAGAAGAGGAGUUAAAGGUUAAAUGUGUUGAGUUUGAGAAAAACCUGUGAGGUCUCCGUCAGCAAGUGGGCAGAGAAGAAUGUGUAGAGAUUGAGAAGUGCCCUUUUAAACAUACUGCGCAGGUUAGAAUUCCACCUCGGCCAUUUAAUAGUUGUGCAACCCAAAAGGAGGGAAUUUGGGAAAAGGGCUCACUACUGUAAUUCAGUUUCAUCUGUGAAAUGGAGUCAGUAAUAACUUUCCUCAUAGGAUUUUUGAUUGGGUUAAAAUGAGUUUAUAUGUAAACCGCUUAGACCUGUGCUAGAUACAUAAGUGCUCAAUGAAUGACAAUCAUUUUCAUGAUUACCGUAAUUGAAGCUCAAGGGGAGAGACCUCGGCUGGAGAUAGAGGGUUGGGAGUAAUCAGUAUCGAAAUCUCUCACCAACAUUGAUUUUUGUCAGUUGCAGUUUUGAGAAAAUGUUUUUAUAUUUGCCUACCAAAAAUUAAAAAUCCACGGUCAGUUUUAUAGGUUUUCAUGUAUCAGGUCAUCUCCCUUAAAGAAAAGAAUGGAACUGGGAUUACUCACCUCUUAGUUUUUGUGGUCCAGGUGUGGGUAGUGGAAUGGAAAAUAGAUCAGUUUGUGCCUCACUUUCUCAGUAUGUGGCAGGUGAAGAUCAAGCCAGUACAAUGUCUUGCUUAGGCUCCAUGAAACUGUGUAAAGGCCCAGGGAUUUCAUCAGCGUCUUGCAGUUGCAGGUGUACAGACCAUAAUGGGUUGGUUUAAAACUCUUACAAAGGGUCUGUGUAACAUACAACUUUGAAACGUUCUCUCUCAGUUCAUUCAUUCAUUCAGCAAAUAUUUAAGGAUGUUUGUGGUGGGCAUUGUUCUUGGUGCUUGCAGCUGUUUUCCCUUAACAGUUAUAGGUAAUUUGGGAAGAGGGUUACCUUCCAGAACUAGUUUGUUUUGGAAGUGAAUGUUUUCUAGAACUUUCAAUACCUGGUUUAAAACGUGUAUAUUUAACACUAUUUUGUUUAUUCUCCAGUAACAUGGUCUCUGAGGUCCUGAUCUUGACAACUGAUUUGACCAACUGGGAGAGCUCUUCAGAAAUUUAGUCCCUAUGGGUUGCUGAAGCAUUACUAGGCAUUUAUUCAUUCAUCAAAUAUUGCCCUACUGUGUAUCAAUUACUAUUGACAUAGUGGACUCAACACUUGGGAAAGUUACGGUGUUGUGGUGAGGGUGAGGAGACUUACAACAGAUACAGGCAAUUGUUGAAGCAGUGAGGUUUAGAUGAACUAGGGGAAAUAACCAGGUAAUAUGAAAUAUCAAUCAGGGAAAGUACAAGCACUGUAGUUCAGAAGAGAUCAUGUAUUUUUGAUUUUUAAGAUUACUAUGCAUCUUUGAGGACUCGGGUCAGGAUAAUAGCAUUGUUUUGUAUUGGAGUAGAUCCCCGAUAAAUUAAUAUUCAGUGGAUAUAUUUGGCUUGGAUCUUGAAGGAUAAUUACAAUUUAGGCAGGAAGAGAUAGGAUUACCGACAUAACAAGGGGAAAUAACGAUAGACAAAGAUGGAAAUCCAUGGGACACACAGAAUUUCAUUUGCUAUACUAGAGAGUAACUAUGGGCCAGCAAUGGGAAAUAAAGCAGGAAGGGUAAGCAGGGUCAUCUCAACAAAUUUUAAAGUAUCAGCUUUUUAACUGAGUGUAAACUUUAUGGAAGGCAAGGGCUUAAACAACACACUACAGUUAAAUUGUCUUUUGUGUGACUUUCUCACAAGGAUUGUUAUCCAUGCACCUAACACUAUGAUGAAGAUACUCCUCUGCAGGGGAUGAAGACUACAGUCAACUCAGCAACUUAUCUGUGUGUGUCCCUACACACACUUUCCCCAAAUCUGGUACAUUGCAGCUUUAUAGAAAUGGUUCUUGACUUACAGCGGUUUCAUUUACAAUUUUUUGACUUUACAAUGGUGCAAUAGUGAUACACAUUCUGAAGAAACUCUGCUUUAAAUUUUGAUUUUUUUCCCUGUGCUAGUGAUAUGCAGUAUGAUACUCUUUUGUGAUAUUAGGCAGCAGCAGCAGCAGCAGCAAGAUGCAGCUCCCAGUGAGCCAUGUGAUUACGAGGGUGAGCUGAGAGAACAUUUUGCACAGUUUGGCCAUAUACGAAAGUGCAUCAUACCUUUUGACAAAGAGACUGGGUUUCACAGAGGUAUGGGUUGGAUUCAGUUUUCUUCAGAAGAAGAACUUCAGAAUGCACUACAGCAAGAAAAUCAUAUUAUUGAUGGAGUAAAGCUCCACAUUCAAGCUCAAAGACCAAAAAUUUUGCAAGGGGAUCAAACAUCUGAUGAAGAAAAAGAUUUUUGAGACUGUUACUACCUAUUAAAUAAAGUAAACAAAAUUGAAAA